GAGCGCGCGGAGCAGAGCAGCGAGCCGCGGCAGCAAAGCAAGCCAGCUCAGGGGGGGAGGAAACCGAGGCAAGCGGCGGCUGCGGAGGAGGCACACGCGCUUCUCGUUCCAUCUCCCGGGCGCUGCCGCGAAGCUGCGGGGAAGGUUCGAGGAGGAGGCUGGCAGGCGAGACGCCGGGCGCCGCAGGCGGCAUGGGGAGGGACGAGCUGCUGCGGCGGAGCCUCGUGGCGCUGGCGGCGGCCGUGGUGGUGACGGGGGUGGCCACGGCGUCGCUGCGGAAGGCGGCGGCCACGUACGGCUUCGGCAUCCUGGCCAUCGCCGGCGUGCUCCUCCCCGACUGGGAGUUCUUCGACCGCGACUUCUCCCAGUGGCUCACCCCCAUGCCCGCCUCCCGCCGCACGGCCGCCGCCGCCGCCGCGGAGCGCGAGCACGACGUCUGGAAAUUUAAGCCCUAUCCACUCAGGAUGGCCAUGCUGACGACGGUCUAUGGGUUCGGCCUUUACAAGUGGUGGAUGUACGUAUCUAGCUAGUGAAUCCUCUUCCUCCGUCUCCCUCCCGAGUACUGAAGUUUUUUUGGAAGAAUACCAUGACAGGGCUUUCUCAGCCAUUCUUCAUUGUGAUCGGCAACUUACAUUGCCUGGUUGUACACUCUGCUGAUACGAAAAUCGUCUGAUGGGGAACACCCCAACACAAGUUGAUGUAUGUAACUAGCGGGUUUUGUAAUAUGGAAACAUCAUCAUUCGUAGUUGGAAGCAUGAAGCUAGAUUCAAUUC